AAACGAGCGAGCGAGCAGACUCGAACAAUCCGCCGCCUUUGACUCUCAACUUUGGUUCGUUUUGGACAAGUUGGCAGCAUGAACCAAACCGCGGGAGCCACAAACGCCUAUCGGAGAUGCUCCAAGGCAGGAAAGGAGUUGGUGGGCAGCAACCCACCGCAGAGGAACUGGAAGGGAAUAGCGAUCGCCCUCCUUGUCAUUCUGGUCAUCUGCUCGCUGAUCGUUACCUCUGUCAUCCUGUUGACACCAGGUGAAGAUGACCGUCUGGCUCUCAAGGGCAAAGUGACCGUCGAGGACCUUUUUAGAAAAGACUUCAGGGUCCACGACCCGAACGCUCGAUGGCUCAGCAAUAACGAGUUGCUGUACCGCGACCGUGACGGCAACCUGCUCCGCUUGGACGUGGACGACGACGACAAGACCAUCCUGGUGAAUCACAAGAAGUUUGAGAUGUACAAAGCCAGCAAGUACGAGGUGUCUCCAGACAUGAAGCACGUGCUCCUGGCUUACAACGUGGCACCGGUGUACCAGUACUCCUACACGGCCUUCUACAUCAUCUGCAGCCUGGAGACACCGGAGACGUGGAACUUGAACCCGCCCGAGGUGCGCAAUGCUCAGCUGCAGUACGCCGGCUGGGGGCCGCAGGGCCAGCAACUGAUCUUCAUUUUCGAGAACAACAUCUACUAUCGCUCUACGGUGGAAAGCCGCUCCAUCCGCCUGGUGUCCUCCGGCAAGGAGGGCGUCAUCUUCAACGGCCUCAGUGAUUGGCUGUAUGAAGAGGAGAUUUUCCGCUCCCACAUUGCCCACUGGUGGUCCCCGGAUGGCGCUAGGUUGGCAUACGCAACCAUCAAUGACACCUUGGUGCCCAAGAUGGAGCUGCCCAUGUUCACCGGCAUGCCCUACCCAACUGGGAAGGAGUACCACUAUCCCAAGGCAGGCGAGGAAAACCCAUUGAUCACUUUAUACGUGGUCAACCUGAACGGGCCGCUUCACACCAUCGAGAUGAGGAGACCGGAUGACCCCAGAUUGAGCGAGUUCUACGUGACCAUGGUGAAAUGGGCCACCACCACCAAACUGGCCGUCAACUGGCUGAACCGAGCCCAGAACAUCUCCGUACUGACGCUGUGUGAGGCCACAACGGGGGUCUGCACCAAGAAACACGAGGAUGAAAGUGAAGGAUGGCUUUACAGGCAGAACGAGAAGCCUCUGUUUUCCAAAGAUGGUCUUAAGCUGUUUUUCACGAGGGCCAUCCCGCAAGGCGGCCGCGGGAAAUUCUUCCACAUUUCCAUGUCCGUCUCGCAGCCAAACACCAGCACAGACACUCUUCAGUCCAUCACGUCUGGAGACUGGGAUGUCACCGAGGUCCUGGCCUAUAACGAGGAAAGCCAACUCAUCUACUUCCUGAGUACAGAAGACGGCCCGAAGCGACGGCAUCUAUACAGCGCCGACACGUUCGGCUCGUUCAACCGUCGCUGCCUGUCGUGCGGCCUGCCCGCCAGUUGCGGCUAUAUCGCCGGCUCCUUCUGCCACAACAUGAGUUACUUCCUGCUCCACUGCCAAGGGCCGGACGUGCCGUUCGUGUCCAUUUACAAGACGCAGACGGACGAAGAGGACGUCGAUGUUGAUGGCGAGAUGGGAGACGGAGAGAGUAUUGUGGAGGUCCACAAACUGGAGAGCAACGAGGUGCUGAGGCAGACGCUGGACAACAUGCAGAUGCCCAUCGUGGAGUACCAGGACAUCAGCGUCGAUGAUUACACUUUAUCGAUGCAGAUUCUCAAACCUGCAGGCUUUGUGGAGACGGCGCACUACCCUCUGAUGCUGCUCAUCGACAGCACCCCCGGCGGCCAGAGCGUGUCGGAGCGCUUCGGCGCAGACUGGGCCACGGUCCUGGUGAGCAGCUUCGGCGCGGUGGCGGUGCGCUGCGACGGCCGCGGGGGCGGCUUCCGGGGCACCAACCUGCUGCACCGCGUCCAGAAGAGACCCGGCGUCCUGGAGGAGCACGACCAGCGCGAGGCCAUCAACAUCAUUCUGAAGGAACCGUACAUGGACAAGACCAGAGUGGGAGUCUUUGGAAAGGAGUACGGCGGUUACGUCACCAGCUUGUUGCUCAGCGGCGAGCAAUCUCCGGCGAGAUGCGGCGCCGUCCUCUCGCCAAUCACAGACUUCGAAUUAUACGCUUCUGCUUUCUCCGAGCGCUACCUGGGCAUGCCGAAACCCGACCCCCGGGCGUACGCGAUGUCCAACUUGGCGCACCGAGCGGCUCAGUUCCUGGACAAGAAAUUCCUCAUCGUGCAUCCGACGGCGGACGAAAAGGUUCACUUCCAGCAUUCGGCCAAACUCAUCGCGCAGCUGAUCCACGAGAAGGCCAACUACACCUUGCAGAUCUACCCGGACGAGGGCCACUUCCUCCACAACGAGGCCACUCGCCAGCACCUGAGCCAGUCGCUGGUCAACUACUUCGAGGAGUGCUUCCGGCUGCCCGAGCGCCUCUCGGACGACGAGCCGGACGACGACGACGGCGAAGACGAGGGUUAGCCUGAGCUGGCUCGGAGCGCCCCACUUUCCUCGCACGCCACCAAAAAAGCAAGACAGCCCAGCCCGGACCGAGCGCAACAUCUCGUCGGCGCGCCGGACCGCAGACUGCCACCGCAGCAGCCGACGAUCUCCUCCAUCCCUCCAUCCGUCCCUCUCGUCAUUUUGUCCGUCCCCGGAGAGCCGGAAUAUUCCCAUGGACGAGCUCCCACGCGGAUUUAACGCUCGCUGGUGAACUUGUAUUAUAA